AGGGAAUGGCAGGGCCUCCGGUGAAAUUACAACCCCGAGUCCUCCUUCCACCCACCACCUCCUCCUAGUCUGGCCCGACAAAGGUGUGCUGUGCUGGAGGGAAGCCCUUUCAUUAGCCUGCUUCGCUUCAAGACCUCUCUAUUGCUGAAAUGAUUUUGUGGUCCUCACUUUGUAGCUCCCUUUUUCCCCUGAGAGAGGCUUGACUGAGGAAUAGCUGAGUAAGGGAAAGGUGGUGGGUGUGUGCAUGCUUAGCCGUGGGGGGAGAGGCCACUUUUGAACGGCCAGGGAGGGAAGACAGACCGAGAACAAUCAGAGGAGACGCAUGCUUCCCUCCUCCUCCUUCUCCUCCUCCUUCUCCUCUCUGGAACAGAUCCUGCUGUGUUGAAUAUUUCUCAAGUUCUACACUGGAAUAAACCCCUAACGGACCAGUUCCUGAGUCUUUUGGAUUUCUUUUUGUUCACUUCUGCUAAAAGGAACAAACCUGAGUUUGAAGGAGAAAAGAAAUCCCGGUGAAUCUUUGCUUUGCUUUCUUGCUUCCCUCCAUCUUUGGCACUCUUGCUUUUCCGUGCUUUCCAAGGAGUUUGGGAGUUCUGGAUCCUGUUUGAGUAAGGAAACAUGGAGACGGACUGGGGGUCUGGGGGGGCUGAGGAUCUCUAUCAUGGAUCUGGCUAUUCGUCUCAGAUGCCCUUCAACUACAACCAGCUAGAGGGGCGUUUCAAACAGCUGCAAGAUGAGCGUGAGGCGGUGCAGAAGAAGACCUUCACAAAAUGGGUCAACUCACACCUGGCACGGGUCUCCUGCCGCAUUACAGACCUGUACAUGGACCUACGGGAUGGACGCAUGCUCAUCAAGCUCCUGGAGGUGCUCUCUGGAGAGAAGCUGCCCAAACCCACGAAGGGCCGAAUGAGAAUCCACUGUCUGGAGAACGUGGAUAAAGCCCUGCAGUUCCUCAAGGAGCAACGCGUCCACCUGGAGAACAUGGGCUCCCAUGACAUCGUUGAUGGCAACCAUCGCCUCACGCUCGGCCUCAUCUGGACAAUCAUUCUCCGCUUCCAGAUCCAAGACAUCAGCGUUGUAACAGAAGACAAUAAAGAGAAGCGCUCAGCUAAAGACGCUCUGCUUCUGUGGUGUCAGAUGAAGACGGCAGGCUAUCCAAAUGUCAACAUCCACAACUUCACCACCAGCUGGCGCGACGGAAUGGCGUUCAACGCCCUCAUUCACAAACACAGGCCGGAUCUUAUUGAUUUUGACAAGCUGAAGAAGUCCAACGCUCACUACAACCUGCAGAAUGCCUUCAACUUGGCUGAGCAGCACCUGGGCCUCACUAAACUGCUGGACCCUGAGGAUAUCAGUGUGGACCAUCCUGAUGAGAAGUCAGUCAUCACCUACGUCGUCACAUACUACCACUAUUUCUCCAAGAUGAAGGCUCUGAAGGUGGAGGGCAAACGUAUUGGAAAAGUGCUCGAUAACGCCAUUGAAACAGAGAAGAUGAUUGAGAAAUACGAAUCUCUUGCAUCAGACCUUCUGGAGUGGAUCGAGCAGACCAUCAUCAUCCUGAACAACCGCAAGUUUGCUAAUUCUCUGGUAGGAGUCCAGCAGCAGCUCCAGGCCUUCAACACGUACCGCACUGUAGAGAAGCCUCCCAAGUUCACAGAGAAAGGUAACCUGGAAGUCCUUCUGUUCACGAUUCAGAGCAAAAUGAGAGCCAACAACCAGAAAGUCUACAUGCCCAGAGAGGGCAAGCUUAUCUCAGACAUCAACAAGGCCUGGGAGCGUCUGGAGAAGGCGGAGCAUGAGCGUGAGCUGGCCCUGAGGAACGAGCUGAUUCGUCAGGAGAAGCUGGAGCAGCUGGCACGCCGCUUCGACCGCAAGGCGGCCAUGAGAGAAACCUGGCUCAGCGAGAACCAGCGGCUGGUGUCACAGGACAACUUCGGCUUCGACCUCCAGGCAGUGGAGGCGGCCACCAAGAAGCACGAAGCCAUCGAGACGGACAUCGCAGCCUACGAGGAACGUGUGCAAGCUGUGGUGGCUGUGGCUAAAGAGCUGGAAGCGGAGAACUACCACGACAUCAAGCGCAUUGCGGCACGUAAGGACAACGUGCUGCGGCUCUGGGACUAUCUACUGGAGCUGCUGAAGGCACGCAGGCAGAGGCUGGAGAUGAACCUGGGCGUGCAGCGUGUCUUCCAGGAGAUGCUCUACAUCAUGGACUGGAUGGAUGAGAUGAAGAUGCUACUGCUGUCUCAGGACUACGGGAAGCACUUGCUGGGAGUGGAAGAUCUGCUGCAGAAACACGCUCUGGUGGAGGCUGAUAUCGCCAUCCAGGCCGACCGCGUGCGGGCCGUCAAUUCCACCGCCCAGAAAUUCGCUGUUGAUGAUGAAGGUUACAAGCCGUGUGAUCCGCAGGUGAUCCGUGAUCGGGUGGCUCACCUGGAGUUCUGCUACCAGGAGUUGACGCAGUUGGCGGCUGAGCGACGUGCACGUCUGGAGGAGUCUCGCCGUCUCUGGAAGUUCUUCUGGGAGAUGGCUGAGGAGGAGGGCUGGAUCCGUGAGAAGGAGCAGAUCCUGUCAUCAGACGACGUUGGCAAGGACCUGACAGGUGCUGUGCGUUUGCUGAGUAAGCACCGGGCGCUUGAGGACGAGAUGAGUGGCCGAGCCGGGCACUUGCAGCACACGUUGCGUGAGGGUCAGGCCAUGGCUGACGCCGGACACUUUGGAGAGGCCAAGAUCCGCGAGCGCGUGGCUGAUGUGCAGGCUCAGUGGGCGGCGCUGGAGCAACUCGCUGCAGUCCGGAAGGCACGUCUAGAGGAGGCCUGCAGCUUGCACCAGUUCCAGGCUGAUGCCGAUGACGUGGAUGCCUGGAUGCUGGACGCGCUGCGCAUCGUUUCAAGUGACGAUGUCGGCCAUGACGAGUUCUCCACGCAGGCACUGGUUAAGAAGCACAAGGAUGCAGCAGCCGAGGUGGCCAGCUACCGACCCGUGAUCGACUCACUCCACGAGCAGGCUCAGGCACUGCCCGAUGAGCUGGCCCAUUCAGUCGACGUCAGCGGACGCCUGGCGGGCAUCGAGGAGCGCUAUAAGGAGUUGACAGAGCUCACCCGGCUGAGGAAACAGGCUCUGCAGGAUGCACUGGCUCUCUAUAAGAUGUUCAGUGAGGCUGACGCCUGCGAGGUGUGGAUCGACGAGAAGGAGCAGUGGCUCAACAGCAUGGAGAUUCCAGAGAAACUGGAGGACCUGGAAGUUAUUCAGCACAGGUUCGAGAGUCUGGAGCCUGAGAUGAAUAACCAGGCGUCCCGCGUCGCUGUGGUCAAUCAGAUCGCCCGGCAGCUGAUUCACAGUGGACACCCCAGCGAGAAGGACAUCAAGGCUCAGCAGGACAAACUGAACACCAGGUGGAGCCAGUUCAGAGACUUGGUGGACCAGAAGAAGGAGUCCCUGAACUCGGCACUGGGUGUCCAGAACUAUCACCUGGACUGCAACGAGACCAAGUCGUGGAUCCGCGAGAAGACCAAAGUGAUCGAGUCCACUCAGGACCUGGGUAACGACCUGACAGGAGUCAUGGCACUGCAGCGCAAGCUGACGGGGAUGGAGCGCGACUUGGCCGCCAUCGAGGCCAAGCUGGGUGACCUGCGUGGAGAGGCAGAGCGUCUGGCAGCUGAGCAUCCUGAACAAGCCAAGGCUAUCACGGACAGGUUGGCGGAGAUCGGCACCGUCUGGGAGGAGCUGAAGGACACACUGCAAAACCGGGAGGCCUCUCUGGGUGAAGCCAGCAAGCUGCAGCAGUUCCUCCGCCAGCUGGAUGACUUCCAGUCGUGGCUGUCUCGCACACAGACGGCCAUCGCUUCUGAGGACAUGCCCAACACCCUGGCCGAGGCUGAGAAGCUUCUCGCCCAACACGAAGGCAUCAAGCACGAGAUUGACAACUAUGAAGAGGACUACCAGAAGAUGCGGGACAUGGGCGAGAUGGUGACCCAGGGCCAGACGGACGCCCAGCACAUGUUCCUAAGGCAGCGGUUGCAGGCGCUGGACACCGGUUGGAAUGAGCUGCAUAAGAUGUGGGAGAACCGUCAGAACCUCCUGUCUCAGUCUCACGCCUACCAACUGUUCCUCAGAGACACUAAGCAGGCCGAGACCUUCCUCAACAAUCAGGAAUAUGUGUUGGCCCACACUGAGAUGCCCACCACUCUAGAAGGAGCAGAAGCUGCUAUUAAGAAGCAGGAGGACUUCAUGACCACAAUGGACGCCAACGAGGAGAAGAUCAACGGCGUGGUGGAAGCCGGACGCAGACUGGCCAGUGACGGAAACAUCAACGCUGAGAAGAUUCAGGAGAGAGCAACUUCCAUUGAUGACAGACAUAAGAAGAACCGUGAGGCGGCUGUGGAGCUCCUGAUGAGACUUAAAGACAACAGAGACCUACAGAAGUUCCUGCAGGACUGCCAGGAGCUGUCUCUGUGGAUAAACGAGAAGAUGCUGACGGCGCAGGACAUGUCGUACGACGAGGCCAGAAACCUGCACAGCAAGUGGCUCAAGCACCAAGCCUUCAUGGCUGAGCUCCAGUCCAACAAAGAGUGGCUGGAUAAGAUUGAGAAGGAAGGGAUGCAGCUGGUAUCAGAGAAGCCUGAGACGGAGGCCGUGGUGAAGGAGAAGCUGGCGGUGCUGCAGACGCAGUGGCAGGAGCUGGAGUCCACCACGCAGACCAAAGCGCAGUGCCUGUUCGACGCCAACAAGGCCGAGCUGUUCACGCAGAGCUGCGCCGAUCUCGACAAGUGGCUGGCGAGUCUGGAGGGUCAGAUCCAAUCAGACGACUACGGCAAAGAUCUAACCAGCGUCAACAUCCUGCUGAAGAAACAACAGAUGCUGGAGAACCAGGUGGAGGUGCGUAAGAGGGAGGUAGAGGAACUCCAGUCUCAGGCUCACGUGCUGCGGCAGGAGGGCAAGGACACGGACGAGGUGGAUGGGCGGCGUGAGGUGGUGGAGAAGAAGUUCCAGGAGCUGCUCGAUCCUCUUCAGAAGAGGAAGAACUUCCUCACGGCUUCCAGGGAGAUCCACCAGUUCAACCGUGACGUCGAGGACGAAAUCCUCUGGGUUGAAGAGAGAAUGCCUCUCGCUACUUCAACAGACCAUGGCCACAACUUACAAACUGUUCAGAUGCUAAUCAAGAAGAACCAGACCCUGCAGAAGGAGAUCCAGGGCCACCAGCCACGCUGUGAUGACAUCUUCGAGCGCAGCCAGAGCAUCGUGACUGUGGACAGCCCGAGUGUGGAGGCCAUCAGAGCACGUCUUGCUGAGCUACAGGACCUCUGGAACCUCCUCAUCCAGGAAACAGCGAAGAGGCACGAGCGGCUAGAGGAGGCCCAUCAGGCACAGCAGUACUACUUUGACGCGGCCGAGGCGGAGGCCUGGAUGAGCGAGCAGGAGCUUUACAUGAUGUCAGAGGAGAAAGCUAAGGAUGAACAGAGCUCUGUGGCCAUGCUGAAGAAACACCAGAUCCUAGAGCAGGCGGUGGAGGACUACGCCGAGACCGUUCAUCAGCUCUCCAAGACCAGCCGCGGUCUAGUGGCUGACAAUCACCCUGAGAGUGAGAGAAUAGGCAUGCGGCAGUCGCAGGUGGAUAAGCUGUACGCAGGACUGAAGGACCUUUCAGAGGAGAGGAGAGGAAAACUGGACGAGAGGUUCCGCCUCUUCCAGCUGAACCGCGAGGUGGACGAUCUGGAGCAGUGGAUUGCUGAGAGAGAAGUGGUGGCAGGAUCUCACGAGCUGGGCCAGGACUACGAGCACGUCACUAUGCUGCAGGAGCGUUUCCGUGAGUUCGCCCGCGACACCGGCAACAUUGGUCAGGAACGUGUGGACGGUGUAAACCGGAUGGCCGAUGAGCUCAUCAACGCCGGGCAUGCUGACGCUGCAACCGUUGCCGAGUGGAAGGACGGGCUUAACGAGGCCUGGGCGGAUCUUCUGGAGCUGAUCGACACUCGCACGCAGAUCCUGGCGGCUUCCUACGAGCUGCAUAAGUUCUACCACGACGUCAAAGAGAUCCUGAGCCGCAUCCUGGACAAGCACAAGAAGCUUCCGGAAGAGCUCGGGCGAGACCAGAACACAGUGGAGGCACUCCAGAGGAUGCACACCACCUUUGAACACGACAUACAAGCACUGGGGACACAGGUCAGGCAGUUGCAGGAAGACGCGACACGUUUGCAGUCGGCGUAUGCCGGCGAUAAGGCUGACGAUAUCCAGCGGAGGGAGAGUGAAGUCCUGGACGCAUGGCGGAACCUUCUGGAAGCGUGUGAAGGGCGGAGGGCGCGUCUGCUCGACACCGGAGACAAGUUCCGCUUCUUCAACAUGGUGCGUGACCUCAUGCUCUGGAUGGAGGACGUCAUCCGCCUCAUCGAGGCCCAGGAGAAACCCAGGGACGUGUCCUCUGUGGAGCUGCUCAUGAACAACCACCAGGGCAUCAAGGCCGAGAUCGACGCACGUAACGACAGCUUCACCGCCUGCAUCGAGCUGGGCAAGUCUCUGCUGGCACGCAAACACUACGCAUCAGAGGAGAUUAAAGAAAAGUUGCUACAGUUGACGGACAAGAGGAAAGAAAUGAUUGACAAAUGGGAGGACAGAUGGGAGUGGCUAAGACUGAUUUUGGAAGUGCACCAGUUUUCGCGGGACGCUGGGGUAGCCGAGGCGUGGUUGCUGGGUCAGGAGCCGUACCUGUCCAGUAAGGAGGUGGGUCAGAGUGUGGACGAGGUGGAGAAGUUGAUCAAGAGGCACGAGGCAUUCGAGAAGUCAGCCGCUACCUGGGAGGAACGCUUCUCUGCUCUGGAGAGGCUGACUACGCUGGAGUUACUGGAAGUGAGAAGAAGGCAAGAAGAAGAGGAAAGAAGAAGAAAACCUCCGACGCCAGAGCCGGAGCAGGAGAUCGAGCCACAGCAGAGAGAAGGAGAGCAGAUCGCUCAGAACGGACUGCCGUCAGACCAGGAAUCCCCACGGGACGGAGUGGACGGAGAAAUCGUGAACGGCGUGCCUGAGAGGAGCUCUAAGGAGCCGAGUCCCGUCCCGUCCCCGAGCUCAGGCAGACGCGCUAAGGGCAGCCAAUCGUCCACCCUGCCGGCCAAAAGUCAGGAGUCUCCCUCCGCCCAGCUGGAGGGCUUCCUUCACCGCAAGCAUGAGUUUGAGGGCCACAACAAGAAGGCAUCCAACAGGUCCUGGCAUAACGUGUACUGCGUUAUCAACAACCAAGAGAUGGGCUUCUACAAAGACAACAAGAACGCCGGGCAGGGCAUCCCAUACCACAACGAGAUCCCCGUCAGCCUGAAGGACGCCGUCUGCGAGGUGGCCGUCGACUACAAGAAGAAGAAGCACGUCUUCAAACUGAGAGUGACAAACGGAAACGAGUAUCUCUUCCAAGCCAAAGAUGAUGAGGAGAUGAACACAUGGAUGCAGGCUAUUCAGAAUGCAGUCAGUGGCUCCUCCCCUUCAGACAAGUCUGACGUUACGCCUAGCAACCAGAGCACUCCUGCCUCCAGCCGCGCCCACACACUACCGGCAACUGUCACCUUGACGACUGAGUCGAGCCCGGGCAAGCGGGAGAAGGACAAGGAGAAAGACAAAGAGAAGCGUUUCAGUCUCUUCAGCAAGAAGAAGCAGUAGAGGCCAGUUCCCCUAGCAGCAGAGACAUCCCGUUCCUUGCUUUCAUCAAAUUUGUCUUUUUAUCUCUUCUUUACUUUCUCUCUUACCUUCUCUCUCUCUCUGUCUCUGUUUCUCUCUCUCUCUCUCUCUCUCUCUCUCUCAUUCCUAUCUGUUCACCUCAUGUGAUAUUCCAGCAUGCAAGCCGAAGAGCGAAUACGCCACACUCUGUGCCUGAAGUCCCUCUGAUCGGGUUCCAAAGUUACAUAGAAAAAAAAAUUAUGAUUAAAAAAAAAUUCUCAAAAAAAAAAGGAAAGAUUUUUAGCUUGGGUGUGUCAUGGGUCAGGUUUGGAAAUUCCGAGGAUCAGAUGUGUCUUUUUACUUCGUUCUGUUUCUAUUGUCUUUCAAUUUUAAAGCUAUGAUUUUAAUUAUUGAUUAUGAAUAUCACUCUUUUACGUAACCGUGACGUUCAGAUGGGUUGGUUAUUUAAAAAAAAAAAAAACGCUUUCCUCAAUUUUGUGAGGCUGUCUCAGAGGGAUGCGCGCGUUCUUUCUGUUCUUUCCUGUCGGGGAGCAAGACGGUGACGCUUGACGAAAUCGAUUCCACUGUGCGAUUCCAGUCUGAACCUGAAUCUGACAUUUCCAUAUGAAGGAUCCUUCGCUAAAAUUCCAUUCGCUUCUAUAGUUGCCAUGUUGGCCAAACCUGCCUUUUAACAAUUCCAGGCUGUAAAGCCGUAGAACUCCACGCUAAUAUGAAGGUCGAUUAACAUUUGCUUGUCGUGUGUCCUUUAUUAAAACCACAUAUUUUUUUUGACCUGUAAGAAUGUUAUAUGCUAUAUGAAAAAAGUACUCCUUUUAUUUUUUAUUUUUACAUUUUCCUUCCUUUCUUUAUUUUGUUUUUUUUUUUCACUUCUGUUGAGUUGCAUCAUAAUAUAUGUUUCAAAUAAUUCUAGUACAGAGUAUUGAAAAACUAGCUGUAUUAUAAACACUCUAUAGCAUCGAUGUUAAGUGGAAAGUGGAGCUCGAGCAUUUACUGGAAUAAAAACGGUAAAGUUACUCAAAAAAAAAUGGUCGCUUGCUUGUUGGCUAUAUGAUUUUCUUUUUUUGGCUACAUUAUACCGCUAUUUGAUACAUAGUGUGCAUUUCUCUGUCACUGUAUGUAAUGUAAUGAAGAAACAAAAAAGAAAAUCAUCUACUGCACAAUCAGAAAUAGCAUAAUAGGAAUGAAAUCCUUUUGCAGCAUCAGGGCUGGUGAGGGCGUAUAGUAACCUCAUUAUAGUCCGACUGUAUGAAACUGCACCUGUAGACCUUUUACCCCUCUCUGUUAAAUAUGUGCGAUGUCAUUAAAAUGCUUUUAAACAUUACCACA